AACCCCACUAUUUCGAUUGUCCAUACCUGAAUGCCGUACUUCCUGACUCUAGGGGUGUGGUUUUUAGAAUUAGCUUCGCUGAAAUAAACUAGCAAAGUAAUAAGAUAUCUAGCCUGUCGUCCGCUCUACAAACUAAUUGUAGGCGUACGCAAUGUUCUUCUGAGAAAUAGACUUGUUUACAAGUCGACUCUUUAGUUGCACAGAGUGGCGGGGAUGCGGAAUCAAAAUGGGAAACAUUUUCGGCAGAAAGAGACGCACGCGAGUCACAGAGCAGGACAGAGCCGUUUUGCAACUGAAACAGCAGAGAGAUAAGUUGAAGCAGUACCAAAAGAGAAUCACUCUGCAGCUGGAAAAAGAGAGGAAUCUGGCCAAGCAGCUGCUUAAAGAUGGCAAGAAAGAGAAGGCCCUCCUCUUGCUCAAAAAGAAGAGAUACCAAGACCAGCUCCUCGACAAGACGGAGAACCAGAUUAGCAACCUGGAGCGCAUGUGUCAAGACAUUGAGUUUGCCCAGAUUGAGAUGAAAGUCAUCGAAGGCCUUAAAGUUGGAAACGAUUGCCUGAAAUCAUUGCAUGAGGCGAUGUCCAUCGAGGAUGUGGAGAGAAUUAUGGAUGAGACCCAAGAAGCCAUUGAAUACCAGAGGGAAAUAGAUGAGAUGCUGGCAGGUUCCCUGACACAGGAGGAUGAAGAUGCUAUAUUGGCUGAACUGGAGGCCAUCACUCAGGGAGACCUUGACCUACCAGAGGUACCUGAUGAGUCCCUGCCUGAAGUCCCAGAGACAGCUGAGGAAGAACCAGAGCCAGGUCAAGAGAGACCGAGGAAGAAGCAAGAACGGGAGAUGUUGGCUGUCUAGAAACAUGUUUGUUUGCCAGGGGACUUGGUACGCCGGCCACUAUAUCCCCCUCGUAGGGGUCUCAUGCCCCAACCACCCCAAACACACAGCCACAGAAAGAUUAUCUUCACUCACUGGAAGCAGAAGCAUCUCUUCCAGUCCCUCACCGUCAAGACUGAUGCUCCUGGUGCCCUGCUAGUCCUUGGUCUUGUGAGCCCCACUAUGGCUCUAUAGGGCUCCUCUGGACUCAACAACCCUAUCACUCCAACCAUGGACAUGGACCUUAUUUUUCAGAUCAUUGCCUGCAGGUUCUUUCCUAUUCUUUUUAUGUUUAGGGCCUAUUUUGAUUGUGCCUAUUGCUUAAGUCCCUUGACAGGUGUGUUUUUUUUUGUCUUCUGUGAACAAAUCGUGAUUAACGGGCAAAUGAAUGCAUGUCACUUUAUUUAUUUCCCUUCAACCUUUUGUGACUUAGGCUUAUUAUCUGACCACAGAACAUAUUAUCUUUGGGAGGAAUAGCCUACAUUCGUGUUUUAAAGUCAUGACUAUUUUCAGAAACCUAACCUGUUUAGAUGUCAAAUCUUUAUUAAAAAUGCCUUGAGUCCGCCUCCCGGUGGCGCAGUGGUCUAGGGCACUGCAUUGCAGUGCUAGCUGUGCCACCAGAGACUCUGGGUUUGUGCCCAGGCUCUGUCGCAGCCGGCCUCGACCGUGAGGUCCGUGGGGCGACGCACAAUUGGCCUAGCGUCGUCCGUGUUAGGGAGGGUUUGGCCGGUAGGGAUAUCCUUGUCUCAUCGCGCACCAGCGAAUCCUGUGGCGGGCCGGGCGCAGUGCGUGCUGACCAGGUCGUCAGGUGCACAGUGUUUAAUCCGACACAUUGGUGCGGCUGGCUUCUGGGUUGGAUGCGUGCUGUGUUAAAGAAGCAGUGCGGUUGGGUUGUGUUUUUGGAGAACGCAUGGCUCUCGACCUUCGUCUCUCCCGAGCCCGUAUGGGAGUUGUAGCGAUGAGACAGGAUGGUAACUACUAACAAUUGGAUACCACGAAAUUGGGGAGUAAAGGGGGUAAAAUUCAACAAAAAAAAUGCCUUGAUUCCUGCCAAACUGUCAGAAAUGCAUUUGACUUUGGCUUUGAUUUCAACUUGUUGAUCUGGGGACAGAAUCCUUAUAACGACACUAACCUAUUUGCUAAAGCAGCCAUUUCAUGUCUAUUCUUUUUCUUCCUCGCUGUCAAACUGUUUAACUAAUCUAAAGCCACAGUUCCUUUUGGCUUGGGAAUUAGUUUAGUGUCAUUGGUGAAAGGAAGGGCUAAUCGUAUAUUGUCAGCGGGCUUACUUACCCAACACUGGUGUUAUUAUCGGAUGCCUAGAUUUGACUAUGAUUUCAGUCAAAGACAACCUCGCAGAGCCUGACCUAGCUCUCUAUCCAGUGAGUAUUAUGAUAUUUGCUCUGUCUUACAAUGAAGUGUGAUAUUGGGUUGCUAACUGCCUGGGUUUGUAAUAUUUUACUGGCAUAUCAUAUUCUCAGAGCAUUGGCUAAUUAUUUCUUUAUCUGAAAUGGAGGGCCUACAUAUAAAAGAUAAGCACUACCAACAUAUUUGAUGUAAUAUGUAUGUGGACUAUCAGACCAGAUAUGUAUUGUAUAAAAAAAAUGAGUUCUCUAAUCUGUAGUGUCUCUCUGAGACACUCUUGAUAAUAACUGUGAAGACCAUUUGACAGUUAUAUCAUAUUGACAAACCUGUGGCGUGUCUAUACGAAAUCUCUUAUUCUGUAACAAUACAAUCAUUUUUAAAGGUAGUGUUUUGCCAGUCUGGUUUUACUAGGUAUGUUAUAUAAACAACCACUAGAGGGCAGCAGAUAUCAGUGUUUUUCUUGUUCAUUGGUUCGUGACUGUAUUGUGUGGAUUGGGGUGCUGUCUCAUGUUUUUAUUAUGUGUGCUGUGCAUGUAUAUGGGACAGUAACUAAACUCAGCAAGAAAGAAAUGUCCUCUCA